AUGACCGAGGUGAAGACCGUUACAGGAGAGACGACCGCAGGGAUGACAGACGCUCUCACCGAGACAGGGAUCAUAGGGAUCGUGAGGACCACCGUGACCGACGUCGACAUGAUGAUGACCGUGGAUACAAGCGUGGAGACUCUUAUAAGGACUCCAGAGACGACCGCGGGCGCAGAGAACAAAGGGAAAGGUCUCCUCACGAGCGCCGGUCUCCAACUCCUCCCGGCAUCGUUCCCCUUUCACAAAGAAGACGGAAAGCAUCUGGCGAAACAAACAGGUACGGUUACGGUUUUUUCCUUUUGGCCCAAUUCUCAACGUCAUCCAGGUCUGUUCAAUCUUCCUGGAGCAAAUCGUAGCCAUGGGCCUCAAAUUAUUGGCUUUGGACAGCAUCCUCCUGUCGCCGGCAGCAUCACUAGCAACACUAAUUUGGCAAGACAGUCUCGUCGUCUUUAUCUUGGUAGUAUCACUCCGAUGGCCGACGAAGACAAUAUAGCACUCUUCUUCAACUCACAAAUGAGAGAAAGAGGUCUUGCAUCAGGUUCUGGUCAGCCUGUGUUGGCUGUGCAGGUGAACCGUGAAAAGAACUAUGCAUUUGUGGAGUUUAGGAGCGCCGAAGAUGCCACCGCAGGAAUGCAACUUGAUGGUACCGUUUUCCUAGACGGCCCUCUCCGUGUCCGUCGUCCCCACGACUAUGCAGGACCAGAAGCCAUGUCAGGCUUCGCAACGUUAUUGCCAUCGACUAUGCCAGAUUCUGUCAAUAAGAUCUUUAUUGGAAAUCUUCCUCUGCACCUGACAGAGGAUCAGAUCGUCGAGUUAUUGAAGAGCUUUGGAGAUUUGAAGGCAUUUAAUCUCGUCAAGGACCAUGCCUCUGGACAAUCAAAGGGCUUUGCGUUUGUGGAAUAUGUAGACCCUGCUGUUACUGACAUCGCAACCGAAGGCCUCAAUGGUAUGGAUCUAGGUGACAAAAAGUUGAUUGUACAGCGCGCCUCAAUCGGUGCUAAGGGUGCAUCCUUCCCAAAUUUACCACCAGAGGCAGUUCAAGAGAUUCCCGCGCCCAUUGUACCUGUCGAUCUCAACAAAGAAUCUGGUGGCCGAAUCCUCUUGAUGCUGAACAUGGUGGUGCCCGAGGAUUUGAUCGACGAUGGUGAAUACAAAGAAAUCAUGGAGGACGUACGGGAUGAGUGUCAAGCCUUUGGUGAAGUAGAGGAAAUCAAGAUUCCAAGGCCAGUAAGGAGAGACAAAUCAAAAUGGGGGUCUAGUGAUCUCAGUGGCAUCAGUGCUGCUGAUGCUGCCAAAGCUGACGAAGCUACUGGAGUAGGAAGAGUUUACAUCAAGUUCCGCCACGCUGAGAGUGCCGCAGAGGCUCUUCGUCAACUAGCAGGCAGGUCGUUCGCUGGGAGAAUUAUUAUCGCCACGAUCAUUUCUGACGAUGCAAAUGUGACUCCUCCCUUGUCCAUAAUCUUUGGGUAG